AUGGGGGUGGGUUCACACAAGGUGCCGGCCUCUUUCGCAGCCUUGUCUAUGCCUAGACACAAGGAGAUUGACACCACGGAGAAACCAUGGAAGUGUGGAGACUGUGGGAAGGGAUCCACAUCGCCAUCUGCGUUGGAAAUUCAUCGACGCAGUCACACCGGGGAAAGGCCGUUCAUCUGUUCUGAGUGUGGGAAAGGAUUCACUCGACUAACCCACCUCACUGCACACCAACUUGUUCACUCUGACACGAGACCUUUUAAAUGUUCUAACUGUGAGAAGAGCUUUAAAAGAAAACAAAACCUGCUGACUCACCAGCGAGUUCACACUGGGGAGAGGCCAUUCACCUGUGCUGAGUGUGGGAAGCGAUUCACUCAGUUAUCCAGCCUUCAGUUACAUCAGCGAGUUCAUACUGGGGAGAAACCAUUCGCAUGCCCUGAGUGUGGGAUGGCAUUCACUCAGUUAUGCAAACUGUUGGAUCAUCAGCGAGUUCACACCGGGGAGAGGCCGUUCACCUGCUCUGUGUGUGGGAAGGGGUUCACUCAGUUAUCCACCUUGCUGAGACACCAGCGCAUUCACACUGGGGUGAGACCAUUCACCUGCACUGAGUGUGGAAAGGGAUUCACUCAGCUUCCCCACCUCACUUCACACCAACGAGUUCACUCUGAAAUGAGACCUUUUAAAUGUUCUGACUGCGAGAAGAGUUUUAAAGGCAAAAUGGAUCUGCUGACUCACCAGCGCACUCACACUGGAGAGAGGCCGUUCACCUGCUCCGUAUGUGGGAAGGGAUUCAUUCAGCAUUCCCUCAGGCUGAAACACCAGCGCGUUCACACCAGGGAGAGGUUGUUCACCUGCUCCAUCUGUGGGAAGGGAUUCUGUCGUUCAUCCACCCUGCAGACACACCAGCGAGCUCACAAGUUGCAGGGCUUGGAUUCUGCUGUUAUUGCUGCUGUUAAUCACAUCCAGGACUGAAUCGUGUUCAAUCUGAAAGCUGGAAUUUAUUUUUGUUAGAACAUACGAUCUAGGAGCAGGAGUAGGCAAUUCAGCCCCUUGAGCCUGCCCCGCCAUUCAAUACAAUCAAGGCUGAUCUCAUUUCAGCCUCAACUCUAAUUUCCUGCCCUCUCCCCAUAACCUUUU